UGAAACUCCAAAAUCCCCCAUUGUUAACAGAUCGUCGUCUUCUUUCUCUCUCUCGCUAGCUCUGUCUCUCUCGUUUUCCAUCGCGGUGACCCCCUUUCAAUCUGAUUUUUCCUGGGGUCGCCACUUCCUUGAAAAGAUUUUAAUAAGCUAGUUACCUGAAUUGAAGGAAUUUGGUUUCUUCGCGAGAGGGAUCGUCACUUUCACCACCAUGUCGGAGAUGGCCAACACGGAUCCGGAGGGGAUGGACGCCGUUCGGAUGACCUGGAAUGUCUGGCCUCGCACCAAGGUUGAGGCCAGCAAGUGCGUCAUCCCACUCGCCGCCUCCAUUUCUCCGAUCCGCCAUCAUCCGGAAAUCCCUACUCUCCCUUACGCUCCUCUCCGCUGUAAGACCUGCUCAUCCGUUCUCAACGCCUUCGCUCGUGUCGACUUCACUGCCAAGAUCUGGAUCUGCCCCUUCUGUUACCAGCGCAAUCACUUUCCCCCACACUACGCUAUGAUUUCCGAGACUAAUGUCCCUUGCGAGCUUUACCCUCAGUAUACCACUGUUCAGUAUACGCUGCCCAGCCCCACUGCUCCCAACAACCUCGAUCCCAGCUCCCCUGCUGCCCGCCCUUCGUCGGUUUUCGUCUUCGUUCUCGAUACAUGUAUGAUCGAGGAGGAGAUGGGUUUUGUCAAAUCCGCGCUCAAGCGGGCGAUCGGUUUAUUGCCUGAAAACGCGCUUGUUGGGUUUAUUUCUUUCGGGACGCAGGCGCAUGUGCAUGAAUUGGGGUUCGCGGAUUUGUCCAAGGUUUAUGUCUUCAGAGGAAGCAAGGAAAUUUCCAAGGAGCAGGUAUUGGAGCAAUUGGGGCUUGGCGCUUCGAUCAGGCGGGCGCCUGCUGGGUAUCCCAAGGCAGCCCAGAACGGCUUCCCGAAUUCGGAUGUCAGCAGGUUUUUGCUGCCUGCCUCUGAAUGCGAAUACGCGCUUAAUUCGCUAUUGGAUGAGUUACAAACCGAUCAAUGGCCUGUUUCCCCAGGCCAACGUGCCGCCCGAUGCACUGGAGUGGCGUUGAGCGUGGCUGCUGGAUUGCUUGGAGCUUGCUUGCCUGGAACUGGUGCUAGAAUUAUUGCCUUGGUUGGAGGUCCGUGCACAGAGGGUCCUGGCACGAUUGUAUCAAAAGAUUUAUCAGAUCCUGUGCGUUCACACAAGGAUCUUGAUAAGGAUGCUGCACCGUUUUUCAAGAAAGCUGUUAAAUUUUAUGAUGGCCUUGCAAAGCAGCUUGUCAGCCAAGGUCAUGUGUUAGACCUUUUUGCUUCUGCCCUUGAUCAGGUUGGGGUUGCAGAAAUGAAAGUUGCAGUUGAAAAAACUGGUGGUCUUGUUGUCCUAGCAGAGAGUUUUGGUCAUUCUGUCUUUAAAGAUUCCUUCAAGCGUGUAUUUGAAGAUGGGGAACAGUCUCUUGGCCUUUGUUUUAAUGGCACACUUGAAAUAAACUGUUCAAAGGAUAUCAAAAUUCAAGGGAUCAUUGGGCCUUGUACUUCCUUGGAGAAGAAAGGACCUAACGUGGCUGACACAGUCAUCGGAGAGGGGAAUACUACAGCUUGGAAGAUGUGUGGCCUGGACAAGAGUACUUGCUUGACAGUUUUCUUUGAUCUUUCAUCGAGUGAGAAGUCAAAUCCUCCAGGAACGAUGAACCCUCAGUUGUAUUUGCAAUUUCUUACAAGUUAUCAAAACCCUGAAGGUCAAACGUUGCUUCGAGUUACAACUGUUACCAGACAAUGGGUUGAUACUGCUGUGAGCUCAGAGGAAUUGGUACAAGGUUUUGAUCAAGAGACUGCUGCUGUAGUGAUGGCAAGAUUAGCUUCAUUGAAAAUGGAGACAGAGGAGGAAUUUGAUGCCACUCGGUGGUUAGAUCGGAAUCUUAUUCGUCUAUGUUCCAAAUUUGGUGAUUAUAGGAAAGAUGAUCCGUCUUCUUUUACGCUAAAUCCGUGUUUUUCAUUGUUCCCUCAGUUUAUGUUUAAUCUGCGUCGCUCACAAUUUGUACAGGUUUUCAACAACAGUCCAGAUGAGACUGCCUAUUUCCGCAUGCUGUUAAACCGAGAAAAUAUUACAAAUGCAGCUGUUAUGAUUCAGCCAUCUUUAAUAGCAUAUUCAUUUAAUUCGCUGCCACAACCAGCAUUGUUGGAUGUGGCUUCCAUUGCUGCUGACCGUAUUUUGUUGCUAGAUUCAUAUUUCAGUAUUGUCAUUUUCCAUGGAAUGACAAUAGCACAAUGGCGUAACAUGGGUUACCAAAAUCAGCCAGAACAUCAGGCAUUUGCACAAUUAUUGGAAGCUCCUCAAGAGGAGGCACGGAUAAUCAUCCGGGACCGUUUCCCUGUUCCUAGAUUGGUGGUGUGUGAUCAGCAUGGGUCCCAGGCAAGGUUUUUGUUAGCGAAGUUGAAUCCAUCAGCUACAUACAACAAUGCCAAUGAGAUGGCUGCUGGUUCUGAUGUAAUCUUCACCGACGAUGUGAGCCUUCAGGUGUUCUUCGAGCAUCUUCAAAAGUUGGCUGUGCAGUCUUAGGAUGGAAACUGUUAAAAAACUUGUAUUUGCAGGUACUUUUAGUGAGGAGAUUAGAUACGCCGAUUGUGAGUUGUGUUCUCUUUUAUUUUAUAUAUCUUCUUGUCCAUUCAGUUUUCCAGUCCUCUGCAUAAUCUUAGGAUUUUCAAAACAUCGGAGCCCAUGCUAUUGAAGAAAUAAGUUUGAGCAGAUGUUAUUCUUUUGGGGCGGCCGGUGAGGCAUAUUGCUUAUGUAAAACCAAUAACAGAUAGAGAUGUCAGUUUUGAGUUAUACUGGGGGUGGGGGGGGGGGAGGAGUUGUAGGAAGGUGUUGCAAUGGGAAUGUAAGUUAGGAAGGUGCAUUAUGGCACCAGAUAUCUCGGGGACAAUCAGGAAGAUCUUUUCACAGAAUUUUUUCUUCUUCGUUUCUCUUUAAGGAAGUUGUGGAUUUUUUCUUCUUUUGUGUAUUGAGUCAGAUCAGAGACAUUUUGUUGUCUACCUGAAUUAAGAAGUUAUAUACCAAAUGGAUUAGUUAACA